AUGGUCAUCAUCCAUGAGCUCAUAUCCAGUCUGCCAUCAAGCACUCUGAAAAACCUCUAUUCAUCAGUGUCCUAUUUUAAUGAAGUGAAUUUUAUUUCUUUUGACAGAGAGAUUCGGGCAUCUUUAACAGAAGAAUGCAAAAAAUUAGCUGCAGAUUUUCAAGGAUUCCAGCCAGGUUUAGCUAUUGUGCAGGUUGGCAAUCGUGAAGAUUCCAAUGUUUACAUCCAGGCAAAACUGAAAGCAGCCACCGACAUUGGAAUAAAAGCCACACACAUAAAGCUGCCCCGAUCCAUAACUCAGAAAGAGAUUCUGGACAAACUUGAUGCGCUGAAUGAUGACCCUAAUGUACAUGGAAUCAUUGUUCAAAUGCCUUUAGACGCCGAGAAUAAAAUUGAUAGUCAUCUAGUCACCAACACUGUCUCACCUGCCAAAGAUGUUGACGGUUUGAACAUCAUAAACGAAGGACGAUGUGCAGUGGGAGAUUUUAGUGGAUUCGUUCCCUGUACCCCCUUUGGAUGUCUGGAACUUAUCAAAAGAUCUGGAGUGAAAAUCUCAGGUAGCGAAGCUGUGAUCCUAGGCCGAAGUAAAAUAGUUGGCACCCCCAUCUCCGAACUCCUGAAAUGGAAUAACGCAACCAUCACUGUUUGUCACUCACAUUCAAAAGAUGUUUCGCAGCAUACCAAGAAGGCUGAUAUCCUGGUUGUGGGCAUUGGUCAGCCUGAGUUCGUGAAAGGAAGUUGGAUCAAACCUGGAGCAGUCGUUAUAGAUUGUGGGAUCAACGCAAUUCCAGAUGCCACCAAGAAGUCUGGGUCGCGACUUGUUGGAGAUGUGGCCUUCAACGAAGCAGCUCAAGUUGCCAGCUAUAUAACUCCUGUUCCAGGCGGCGUUGGCCCCAUGACCGUGGCCAUGCUCAUGAAAAACACCGUGAUCUCUGCCCAGCGCAGUGCUGGUGCCAGGCUCUCAUCAUCUUGGUUAUUCGAGCCAUUGAAGCUAAACUUCCAGAGACCUGUUCCUAGUGAUAUUACAAUUGCAAGAUCUCAGACACCAAAGAAAAUUAUGGAGUUAGCAAAAGAAAUUGGUUUGCAACCAAAUGAAAUUUCUCCAUAUGGAACAACAAAAGGCAAAAUCAGUUUGGCUGUUCACGACAGGUUGAAACAUCGCACAAAUGGAAAAUAUGUUGUCGUCACUGGAAUUACGCCAACACCUCUUGGAGAAGGCAAAAGUACAACGACGAUUGGACUUGUUCAAGCGCUUACAGCGCACAAAAGCAAAAACUCUAUUGCUUGCAUCCGGCAACCUUCGCAAGGCCCAACUUUUGGAAUCAAAGGUGGUGCAGCCGGUGGUGGAUACUCACAGGUCAUUCCGAUGGAAGAAUUCAAUCUUCACUUGACUGGUGACAUUCACGCCGUCACAGCAGCGAAUAACCUCCUUACAGCGCAAAUUGAUGCUAGGCGCUUCCAUGAACUAACUCAAGGUGACAAAGCGCUCUUCAACCGUCUCGUUCCAGCCAUCAAUGGAAAAAGAACUUUCUCACCUAUUCAACUUCGCCGGCUGGAACGCCUAGGGAUAGCAAAAACAGAACCAGAAUCCCUCUCCGCAGAGGAAAUCAAGAAAUUCGUUCGGCUGGAUAUGAACCCAGACACUAUCUCAUUUAACAGAGUAAUUGACACCAACGAUAGAUUCUUAAGGAAAAUCACCAUUGGGCAAUCACCAACAGAAAAGGGACACACAAGAGAAACAUGUUUUGACAUCUCUGUCGCAAGUGAAGUCAUGGCUAUUCUUGCACUGGCAACAAGUCUUGAAGACAUGAAGCAGAGGUUAGCGAAGAUGGUCGUUGCUCAAGACUCCAAAGGGAACAAUGUGACAGCCGAUGAUUUGGGUGCGACCGGAGCAAUGACGGUUCUGUUGAAAGAAGCCCUGGAGCCAACCUUGAUGCAGAGUCUCGAAGGAACACCAAUCCUUGUACAUGCAGGUCCAUUCGCCAAUAUUGCCCAUGGCUGCUCAUCUGUUAUUGCCGAUUUACUAGCACUCAAAAUUACUGGCGAAGAUGGUUUUGUUGUCACAGAAGCUGGAUUUGGAUCUGAUAUUGGAAUGGAGAAAUUUUUCGAUAUCAAGUGUCGCACAUCUGAGUGCGUUCCAGACUGUGUUGUUUUGGUAGCAACUGUGAGAGCAUUGAAAAUGCAUGGCGGUGGACCAGCAGUUGUCGCAGGAACCCCCUUGCCGGAAGAGUACAGACAGGAAAAUCUAGAUCUAGUCAGAAAAGGAUGCGCAAAUUUGAAGAAGCAUGUGAGCAAUGGUCGUAAAUUUGGUGUCCCGGUUGUCGUAGCUAUCAAUGCAAUGUCGACUGAUACCAAGAAGGAGUGGGAGGUCAUCAAAUCUGAAGCCGCUGAGGCUGGUGCCUAUGACACAGUCGUAUCAACGCAUUGGGAGAAUGGCGGUGAAGGCGCCAUACCACUGGCAGAUGCUGUUAUUGCUGCAUCGAGUUCACCUAAAAAUUUCCACUUUCUCUACGAUCUGAAGCUUCCCCUGUUCCAAAAACUAGAUAAAAUCGCCAAAGAAAUGUAUGGAGCAAGCAGUAUUGAUAUUUCUGAACAGGCGCUGGAGAAAUUGAAAAUGUAUGAGGAGCAGGGUUUUGGCUCUGUUCCUGUCUGCAUGGCGAAAACUGCUCUCUCGCUGAGUGGGGAUCCUAAUCUGAAAGGUGUCCCUACCGAUUUCUCUCUCAAAAUAAAGGAUGUCUAUCUCUCAGCUGGAGCUGGUUUCCUGGUCGCAAUUGCUGGAGAGAUUACAAAAAUCCCUGGACUUCCCAUUCGACCCAGCAUUUAUGAUAUUGACUUGAACACCACCACUGGAGAAAUUGUCGGUCUUUUCUGAAUGGAAGAAAAUUUGAACAUCCAUACUCCGAAAUUACGGACUGUUCUCUGAAGAUCGUUACUUCUGUUUCGCAUAACAUUCAAGAAUUGGUGUCCUGUAUAUCUUGUUUGGAAACCAGUCUAGGUAUCUGUUUCUGAUUAUUUUCUAACUGAAUUCAAAUUUUGGUAAGUUUACCAAUUGUAAGAUCAAGUCAUAUCCAGUAGCAAAUCUGGCUUAUGUUUUCCUCCACAUUCCUCAAUACUUUUGUGUGUGGAAAUUGUUUUCUCGAAGUGCCAUAUUGUGUUAUGUCGUGCCAUUUUAAGCUAUGGAGGCAGCUUUGAUGUAGUUUUAAGUUUUAUAUGAACUGAACUUUAACUGUUUUUCGGCCAUUUAAUGUUUUUUCUUUCUUCAAAAUUUUAUUUCAUUUUUUCAACUCUGCCAAUCUGUAUAGUUUUUCUAACUUUUUCUUUAUAAUAAAGAAAUUUUAUCUGUAA